AUCAGAAGCCUGAAGCAUUCGCCAACCCGGAAACGCAGCGACACAACAAAAAUUGCCGGGAAACGACUUUUGCCUGCGCUUAUGUUGACAUCAUUUAACAGCAUAAGAGUUCCCCCAAAGUUAAACACAUAUUUUGUGUACAUUAAGAAAACGCAAACAUGGAUGAAUAUGACGAAAUGUUUGAAAUUGAGGACAACUUCGACGAGCAGUUCGCCGACGAGCUCGAUGCGUUGGCCCAGUUAGAAGAAUCCUCCAGUGGUGCAAAGCGACAGAGGCAGAGUGCAAAUGACGCUUCCUACAUAGAGCAGCCCAUCACUCCAACUGCAAAGCGUCAAAAAAAGGACACCGAUGUGGUAAAACGUCUUUUUACCUCUGCCCAGGGUGAUGACAUCACACCGCCUUCUUCUCCAGAAAACUAUGAUCCAAUUCACGCUGUCAGGUCUUCUUCAGCUGCUUCUUUGGAUAUUAGCGGCCUUGCAGCAAUAUCAGAGUCUCCUAGGGAGUCUGCUACGUCGGAGACAAGAUCACAUGCGCUGAGAAGACCCCCACUAGAAGGCGACUAUAUCACCGUCACCGACUCAUCGGGAAAUCGCGUCUACCUCCGCCAAAAGGACACUGAAGCAGAAAAGGUGGCAGAUAGCAGAAUGGUACCUGACUUCCAGGGUUCUUUGGGGUUGCUCGCUGUGCCAGUAGGUGUGCUGAGAGAGCAAGAGGCAGAACGGCGCCACGAGGAGUCACAGCGUCUUGCAGACGUGCUGAACAGCAGUGUGAACGAUGUCCUGGUUGAGGCUGAAAUGAGAGAGGAGGAAGAAGAGGGCGAUACAGAGGACCCUGAAGGUCGAACCUUUCGACUUUGGGUUGAUAGAUUUUCUCCCCGGCACUACACCGAGCUGCUCAGUGAUGAGUUUACCAAUCGUUGUCUGCUGAAGUGGCUGAAGCUGUGGGACACUGUGGUUUUCGGAAAAGAGAGAGUUCCACGCCCGGCACGGCCUGACAGACAAGCCCCUAUGCAAACCUCAUUCCAACUUAAUCAAGCCAAUCACAAUCCAAAUCGCUUCAAGAGCAAGAUGGAGUUGACUGAGGAGAUACUGGAGGCCGAAUUGGACCCAUACAAGAGGCCGAAAUUUAAGGUGGCAUUGUUGUCUGGUCCUCCAGGUUUGGGGAAAACCACCUUGGCGCAUGUUAUUGCAAAGCACGCUGGUUACAAUGUAGUGGAAAUCAACGCCAGUGACGAUCGCAGUGCCGAGGUCUUCCAGAAACGCAUCGACACGGCCACACAAAUGAAAUCCGUUUUAGGAGCCAACGAGAAACCAAACUGCCUCAUUAUUGACGAAAUCGACGGCGCCCCAGCAGCUGCCAUCAACAUUCUUCUCGCGACCAUAAACAGGAAAGAAGGACAGACCGGCGAGUCCGGAGCAGAUUCUACAAAGAAGAAGAAAAAGAAGGAACCCAUUCUCCUGCGACCAAUUAUAUGCAUCUGUAACGACCUUUAUGUUCCAGCUCUUAGACCACUGAGGCAGCAGGCUUUCCUCCUGACGUUCCCCCAGACUCAGCCCUCACGUCUGGCCCAGAGACUGGCAGAGAUCUCACUCCAUCAGGGGAUGAAGGCAGACACGGGCUCGCUGAUGUUACUGUGUGAGAAAACAGAUAAUGAUAUCAGGUCUUGCAUCAACACGCUCCAGUUCCUUUUCGGGCGAGGCCACAAGCAACUUAACACUAGGACCAUCCAGUGUGUAUCUGUAGGGCAGAAGGACCAAAACAAAGGAUUGUUCCAUCUAUGGCAAGAGAUCUUCCAGUUACCACGUACAAAACGGAAACGUAUUGGUGAGAGGUUUGAGGAAGUUCCUGGAUUGGGGGCUGGCGGACAAAGGUUCCAGCAUAUCCUUGAAUUGGCUUCAUCUAGUGGAGAGUAUGAAAAGGUUUCCCAGGGUCUAUACGAUAAUUAUCUCUCAAUGAGGGUGCGAGACCCCAACCUUCAGAGUGUGUGCGACGCUCUGGACUGGAUGGGAUUUUCUGACCGACUCAACCAAGUCAUCAUGCACGGGCAGAACUUUACCCUCAUGAAGUACCUGCCCUUCCUGUCUGUCGCUUACCAUUUCCUGUUCGCACACCCACACGUGCCACGUAUCAGCUAUCCACACAGCCACCACGAGGCGACCACUCAUCUCCAGACCAGCCGGAAUGCUCUCUCUACUAUGUUGUCCGACAUUCCAGCCGGCAUCAGAAGCAGGAUCAGCCAUCUUAACCUCACCUUGGAUGUUCUCACACUGCUCCUCGAUAUCAUUUGUCCCAAAUUAAGACCCGUGAACCCGCAGUUGUUUAGUCGCAGAGAGAAGGAGCAGAUGGGCGAGCUGAUCGACACCAUGUUGGCGUAUAACCUCUCAUACCGGCAGGACCGCACGCCUGAGGGACAGUACACGUACAUCCUGGAACCACGUGUGGAGGAGGUAGUAAAAUUCUCCGGCCUGCCCCCACGUCGCCAAUUGACCUAUCAGGCCAAACAAACCAUCAGCAGAGAGAUGGAGCAGGAGAAAAUGAGGAGGGCAGAGCAACUCAUAUUACAGCGGAAUCCCACAGUGAAAGAGGCAGAGAAGGUGAACGCUGCUCCCAAACCAAAAAGGAACCAUCAUCAGAGAUUGGAAAAUAUUGUCAAACACGCCACAGUGGAGCCCAGGCAAGAGGUGGACUUUUUCGGCCGCCCAGUUGCACCCAAACAGACGCCGGCAAAGCCAUCCUCUGACACAGGCCAGAAGUGCGCCGUGCUCGCCAUGGGGAAGGCAGUGGGCAACAGCGACGUGUGGUUCCGCUUCAACGAAGGCAUGUCCAACGCUGUGCGGCGGAACGUUUACAUCCGGGAACUCCUUUAACCCCACCUACGACCACCAAAGCAAGGAAAAAAACCAACCUAUUCGGUUCUGUUAAAUUCUAAACAGUCUUUAUUUUUGAUUGACAGUGUAAACAAACAUCUAAAAAGCUACUCGGUGCUGUUCACAUACAUACACACACACUGCAGUCUUAAAAUAAGAGCGUUCAAAGUGUUCAAAUAAAUAAAUAGUCAUAGCAGUAGCGCGCAUGUGUGUGUGCCUGUGUGGUUCUAGUGCAGCGUAACUGAGUGCACAUUGUUGUUGGUGCAUCCGUGCAAUAACUGUGGAGUUACAGUAUGUUGGAAUGGGAGUGUGAUCAUCAGAGGAUCACACACUUGCCCUUCUCCACCCAGGGAUUGGCUCGCAUCAGCUCAGGGUUCAGGAAAGGAUCCUCGCAUACGCAGCUCUCGAUCCACUUCACAAGCCUGCAGGAAAAACACACUUUAGUCAGAGCAAGCUUCAUCAUAGACAACAAGGUGAGCUGUACUAAAUGAUUCAUAGAGUAUUGCUGUGGUAGUUAGAAUAAGUACCGUAUUUUUCGGACUAUACUGAAUUUAAGUCGCACCAGCCAAAAAAUGUGCAAUGAAAAGGAAAAAAAACAUAUAAGUUGCAUCGGAGUAUAAGUAGCAUUUUUCGGGGGAAAUUUAUUUGAUAGAAUCCAGCACCAAGAACAGACAUGUCAUCUUGAAAGGCAAUUUAAAAUACAAUAGAAAACAACAGGCUGAAGGUGUACAGUAUGCUAACAUUACAUGAUGCUCGAAGUUAGAUCGGGCCUAAAAAAUCCAGCCCAAUCCAACCGGCCCGCGGGUAUUAAAGCCCGAAGCGACUUGAUUUGCUUGCCCGGGCCCGACCCCCCGAAAUUUUGUUUUAUUUGUGAAGACUCAGGAGAAGGAGGAAAUGCAGGGAUGCGAUGCGUGGUUGCGUUUUCUGUGAUCACGUUUCUGACUAUGAAGUGUAUAUAUCCAUAAUGAUAACAAAGUAAAGCCAGUCUUUUGUAACGAUUUCUCCCAGUUAAACAAGACUGUAAGAUGGAUAUUAAAUCAAUAUUUAUAUCUUUUAAUUUUGCAUAUCUGUUCUAACAGGCAGAUAGUGGAUUUGACAUUUUAAUCUCGAGUUGGUAGAAAAAAAACGUUUUCUCAAUGUUUAAAUAGUCUGCAUAUUUUUAUGAUCAUUAUAAAUGCAUUUACACAACGAAAUAACGCUGGAAAAGUUUGUUAAAUGUAUUUCUCGUAUGAGACCAAAGCGCCACAUUCAUUUACAUUCAGCGAAGCCGACACAGGUUUCCGUAUAGCACCUUCAACAAUCUAUUUGAAUCCUUUCCAUAUCCCACUCCUACCGCAGUUGUUUGCUUUUCAAUUCCCCUGUCAUUAGUUUGUUUUUCACUCCUAUAGCUGCUCUAUAUCGAAAAGGAUGCUCGCGGAGGGUGCCGCAGGGCGCUGGGGGGAAGAUUGAAAAGAGAGCCACUGCGUUCACGGGCGCAGGCAUGCAUAGCGCCUUCUCUGUUUUAUCCAAAUUAUUUUAUUUAACAUCCAUACAUCGUUUUAGUAUAA